AUGAAUGCGCUGCAGAGAAGUGGAUCGGGUUCAAUGGCGCAAAGCCCUAGAUCUUCAACGUCACAAGCGCCGUAUUUAACUGUAUCAGUCACUGAUCCAGCUAAAAUGGGCAAUGGCGUCCAGGCUUAUAUCUCCUACAAAGUUAUCACCAAGACAAAUUUUCCCGAAUAUCAGGGGCCUGAGAAAAUUGUUAUUCGACGAUAUAGUGAUUUUGUUUGGUUACGUGAUCGCCUUUUUGAAAGGUACAAGGGUAUCUUCAUCCCUCCUCUUCCAGAGAAGAGCACUGUAGAGAAGUUCAGAUUUAGUGCUGAAUUCAUUGAAAUGAGGCGUCAAGCGUUGGAUGUAUUUGUCAACCGCAUAGCCUCACAUCAUGAGCUACAGCAGAGUGAGGACUUGAGAACUUUUUUACUAGAAGAUGAACAGACGAUGGAAAGAGAGAGGUCUCAGGAAACUGGUAUUUUCAAGAAGAAGCCAGCAGAUUUUAUGCAAAUAUUUAAGGACGUACAAUCUAGAGUGAGCGAUGUUGUUCUGGGAAAGGAAAAACCAGUUGAAGAAUCAAAUCCGGAGUACGAGAAACAAAAGAAUUAUAUUUUUCAGCUUGAAGAUCACUUAGCUGAAGCUCAGAAGCAUGCAUACCGCCUUGUGAAGAGACACAGAGAGUUAGGUCAAUCUUUAUCAGACUUUGGUAAGGCAGUCAAACUCCUUGGAACCUGUGAAGGAAAUUCUCUUGGAAAGGCAUUUUCUGAGCUUGGGGCUAAAUCGGAGUUGCUGUCAAUUAAGCUGCAGAGAGAGGCUCACCACCUUUUGAUGAGAUUUGAAGAACCUUUGAAAGAUUAUGUUCGUGCUGUGCAGUCUAUUAAGGCAACAAUAGCAGAGAGAGCAAAUGCUUUCAGGCACCACUGUGAACUGGCUGAAACAAUCAAGUUUAAGGAAAUAGAUCUAAACAAGCUCAGAUUGACACGAUCAGAGAAGUUGGCAGAUGCUGAGCGUGAAUAUGAGCAGCUAAAAGCUGAUGGCAAGGAGUCGAAACGAAAAUUUGAGACAAUUGUUAAAUUAAUGAAUGAAGAGAUUGCUCGAUUUCAAGAACAAAAAACUAUUGAUAUGGGUGUCGUAUUUCAUGAAUUUGCCGAGGGUCAAGCACACCUAGCAAAAAGUAUAGCUGAAGCGUGGCGAAGCCUUCUUCCCAAGCUUGAAGCUUGCUCCUCCUCCUUAGAGACCCCGGAUGCAUAA